UGUAAAUAUUGUUWUAAACUUUUUCAUAAAUUUAAUCUAAUGUGCAAUUAAGUUUUUUAAUUGAUUUAUCUGAUGAAUAUUUAUACAGAUUAUUCUCAAAAAUGCCCAGAUUGCCACAAAUGUUUUUAUUCUGCUACUUCAUUAUUAAUACAUUUUUUUACUCACGUUGGUGAAGAAAAAUUGGUUGAUGCCGAUAACAAUGAAAGUAGUUCAGCUUCUAAAAAAAAACUUGUAGAAACUAGCAAUCAUGGAUCUUCUAAGCCAUUAAAUUUAACAGUGAGUGAAACUCUUAAUCCUUGGAAAUAUUGUUUAGCCACAUAUGAAGAAAAUAAUGAUAAUCCAGUUAACCCACCAAAAAAAGUAACUAAAAAAAAUAAAGAAAAAGACAAGACUUUUGAAUGUAGUUUAUGCAGUAAAAAAUUUGGUUGGACAACUGAUCUUAAAAGACAUUUACUCAUUCACACAGGAGAAAGGCCCUUUAAAUGUAAUUCAUGCCAAGCAGCAUUUACAAGAAAUUUUUUACUCCAAAAACAUUUUGCUCGARMUCAUAAAAAUGUAUCGGAAGAUGAAUCAAAAAAGUUAGAGAAUCAUGUACACGCCAAUGUUACUGAAAUAAAAUUAAAAAUGAAGGAACUUGAGUGCCAAAGGGAGCAUAGUAUCUUACGUACAGAGACAUGUCAUUAAGAUUUGGCACCCAGGGCAAAAUUAAAAAUAUUUGCCCUUUUAAAGUUUAAAAUAUUAUAAAAAAAAUGUUUGACGCCCCUUUAAACCAUACGCCUCGGGCGUUUUCCYCCUAGCCCCCCACGGCAUGCCUCUGCUUAUGUAUACGUAUAUAUAAGUAUACCAAUAAUUAUAUAAAAAAAUGUAUAGUUAUUAUUACCUAGGUACUAUUAUUAUUAUUUAUUAAAACUUAUGUUGAUGUACCUAAGUAUUCUCAGUUMACAAAUUAAUUAUUUGAAUAUUGUAUAAAAAUACAUUUUGUGAUUAGUAAAUACUCGAUAGACAUCCCUAUUAUAAUGCAGUGGCGGCAUGAAUAACUAUUUAUUAAARCUUUUAUUUCACGUGAAAGUGGUGAUGGGUAUCUUAAUAAUAGACAUGUUUAUAAUUGAUGUACUUUUAUGAAUUUGGGUUGGCCAUCCAUAUAAAUACAAAAACAAUUGUUGGGUAGAUUGUGGGUACUUAUUUUAAAUAGUCUCUUCAUAAAAAAAAUUCAUGACGCAACUGCUCUCGUGCUUAAGUUGGAGGGGAAAGUAUGUGUUGAAGCUUCUUUUCUUUUAAAAAAAUUUGCACACUUAAAUUUCCUUAAGUAAAAGUCAUUAAAUAAUUAGAAACACAAAUUAAUAAAUUCAAACAUUGUAACUAUAUUUUCACCAAUUCAAGCACUAAAGAUGGUAGAUUUCUACUGAUAAUUGUAAAAUAUCAGUUGGUAAAUUGUUAGUCGAUAGUUACUUAUGUACUCGUAAUACCAUAAUGGAGAGGAAAUGAGAGUUAUUAAGGGACAGUUUUUCAUGUACUUUUCUUUAGUUAUUUUAAACUAUUGUACAAUAUUUUAUAUUAAUUUAAUUUUUUUUUUAUGCUAGGUAAAAA